GACCGCAGAACGGCUAGGAUGGAUAAAUUGGCUCCGGCAGCGCUUGCGGUGCUCUGUUUGGCGUGCUCGGUCAGCGCCCAGCUGGACGGUGAUAACUACCGUCUGCCGAACAACAGCUACCCGGUACGGUACGACCUCGAGUUGACCACGUACGUCCACGAGGACGGCAGUGCGCGACAGUUUCGCUUCGACGGCAAAGUGAAGAUCGAGCUAGUGGUGAAGGACGAAGGCAACAGCAGUAUUACGGUGCACUACCGAAAGACCACAAUCACCCACGUGAAACUAUGGUCCACGCUGGGGAAUGGGACGGAUCGGGUGCUACUGGAUGAUAAUUCCAGUUUCGUGCUGGAUCCGAAGCGGGAGUUCGUGACGGUUUCGACGCCGGGAGUGAUCCUCAAUGGAACCUAUUUUCUGGAGUUUGAAUACUACGGAGAUCUUCGGGAGGACAACGCAGGGUUCUAUCGAUCGUCCUACGUGGAUGACAAAGGGAAAACCAGGUGGCUGGCCACGACACAGUUUUCCUCGACGGAUGCCCGGCAUGCUUUCCCAUGCUACGACGAACCAGGGAUUCGAGCUCCAAUUUCAUUCGAAAUGAGAUGUUGAUAGUAUUAUUUGUUA